GCUCCCCCGCGCCCGCUAGGCUCAAAAAAGCUGAAGUGAUGAAAUCUUGUUGAAAUUACCGAGGAAAUUGUUUUGUUUUUGUUUGGAUUUGGCUAUUACAUCACAGCCCGCCAAGUUGCAUUAGCUUCUCUGGCUACAUGGUGUGUAUUGGUGACCAUUUAUAAUCGUUAGAAGCCCACAUACAAGCUAAAGAGAUCGCCUCUUUGUCCUCCCGCGCAGAUCCGGGACGCGAGCAUCAAUGGACGUGUUCUAAAUUGCCGAAAUAUUUUCUUUGAAAAACAAAGAUUGCCAUCCAUCAUGAGUGCAGCAACAGAAAACAUCAAUGUUCAGGAAAAACUUCCUUCGACAGUGCAUGAUCCCAGCGCGACCACUAAUGGCGCAACAAACCUCUUUGCGCCUGAUACAGAUAAUGAACUGUUUGAGGAGGAGGACGUCAAUGGGCAGCAUGAUCUGGGAGAUCCUCGGCUUGCUCUUGUCAGCCCAGAUGAGCUUGGGUUUGAUGUUCUCCUGAGCAGACUGAAGCAGCGCUUGAGCAUAGGGCAUGGGGAGACAAUAUAUGAGGUUGGCGUAGGUGAUGGCACUAGUAGCGGUCUAGACCCUGAGGAUCUUCAUGCAUCAGUUGCCACCCUUAAGACCCUUGCAGAGGCCUGUAAUGCGGAUGCCAUGCUGCUAAGGGAAAAGACGGCAGAGCUAGGGACAGUGGGGGAGUACCUUGUGAGAGUGCGGAUGGAUGAGAACGACUUUAUGGAAGUCAGGGUGGCUGUUGUGGGUAAUGUCGAUGCAGGAAAAAGCACCCUACUAGGAGUACUGACGCAUGGGGAGCUCGACAAUGGGCGUGGCACUGCUCGUCAGAGGCUGUUCAGACACAAGCAUGAAAUGGAGUCAGGGAGAACGAGCAGUGUGGGCAAUGACAUCCUUGGGUUUGAUAACACUGGACAAGUUGUCAACAAGGCAGAACAGCAUGGGGCAAAUGUUGACUGGGCCAAGAUAUGUAAAGAAUCUUCCAAGGUCAUUACAUUCAUUGACCUUGCCGGCCACGAGAGAUACCUUAAGACAACCAUAUUUGGUAUGACCGGUCACGUACCAGACUUUGCCAUGCUUAUGGUAGGCUCUAAUGCUGGAAUCAUUGGCAUGACCAAAGAGCACCUUGGCCUCGCUCUCGCCCUGAAUGUACCAGUGUUUGUGGUCGUCACAAAAAUAGACAUGUGCCCACCAAAUGUACUACAAGAGACAAUGAAGCUCCUUGCUCGUAUUCUCAAGUCACCUGGCUGCCGUAAGAUCCCAGUCGUGGUUCAGAACAAAGACGACGUGGUGGUCUCGGCCACUAACUUUAUAUCAGAAAGGGUGUGUCCGAUCUUCCAAGUGUCCAACGUGACCGGGGAGAAUCUAGACCUACUGAAGAUGUUCCUUAAUCUGUUGAGUGUCCGAGUGGAGAGUAAAGACGAGGAGCCGACGGAAUUCCAGAUAGACGACACCUACUCUGUACCGGGCGUCGGCACUGUGAUCUCUGGGACAUGCAUGAAAGGAAUCAUCCGACUGAACGACACUCUGCUGCUCGGCCCAGAUCCUCUCGGUCAGUUUCAGCCGGUCGCCAUCAGAAGUAUUCACCGCAAGCGAAUGCCCGUCAAGGAAGUGCGGGGAGGACAGACAGCCUCGUUCUCACUCAAGAAGAUCAAGCGUUCUCAGAUCCGUAAAGGAAUGGUGAUGCUGGACAAGAGACUGAAACCUCAGGCUUGCUGGGAGUUCGAAGCGGAAGUACUCAUUCUUCACCACCCUACAACCAUUAGCUGCAAAUACCAGGCAAUGAUCCACUGCGGUCCCCUGCGGCAAACUGCAACCAUCGUUGAAAUGAGCAAGGAGCAUCUACGUACUGCGGACAAAGCUGUUGUAAAAUUCCGCUUCAUCAAACAGCCGGAAUAUCUCAAACCCGACUCAAGAAUGAUCUUCCGCGAAGGGCGAACAAAGGCUGUCGGGACGAUUCUUAGGAUAGACCCCGACGCACACCCUCCCCCUCAGAUCGCAGGCAAACUCAAACACAGGGGGCCCGGUAGACACGGCGCCAAUGCGCAUGUGUCUGGUUCAACCGCUGACGCUCAGAGGACGAAAAAGUAAAUCUUGGAUAUAUUCCCGUAAUCACGCGAUAAGGCGGUAGGGCGAUAAUCCUUUCUUCCCCACCGUCCAUUACGUUAUUUUCUCGGAGUAAAUCAAUCGCGCAGAUGAGCGCAGUGGCCACCGGGAGCCCGAAACAAAGCUCUCAUUAAAUUAUAUCCUAUUUCAUUUGUUGUCUGCGUGUUAUCUUUAUAACGGACAGGUACUUUCUCUACCUUCGAUUUUCUCGCUAAACUGUGGAACAGAGAAGCAAACUGGUAGGUUGGAGUAGACAGAGAUGAUAUCCAAAUCAAAUAAACCUAUGGAAAAACUCGA